AUGCUUAAGGAUUAUAAUAAAAGACAAAGGUUAAAAAAAUAUGGAAAAGAAAGAUUAAGAAUUAAUGCGUUAAGAAAAAAUAAAAUUUUACCGCCGGAAUUAAAGGCUUUAGCUGAUGAAGAAAUUGCAGCCUUACCUAGGUCCAGUAGUAUAGUUCAGAUUAACAAUAGAUGUUCAUUAACAUCUAGACCAAGAGGAACAGUAAAUUACUUCAGAGUUUCUAGAAUAAUGUUUAGGCAUUUUGCUGAUUAUAAUAAAUUAGCAGGUGUUAUAAGAGCACAAUGGUAA